UUUUUCAAUGACACAUCGCACACCGAUAUUUAUGUACGGAGGUUUUCAACGGGGGGAGACAGCUAAUGUUAACUUUUGGUCUGUCGCCGCCAUUAUACCACCGAAGAAGCGUAUCCCGCCCUCCUUCUUCGGUCUUUUCUUCUUCUCCUCCUUGGUAAUGUUACCACGGAGUAAGCACCACUGGUCCAAGCGGUUUAGUCGCAAGCUAAGUUGGCCUCUGCGCAAGACACCAAGGAAUGAUCCGACGGUUCUGUUAGCUUCCAAGCUAGCAAGAAAGCUAGCUACCACGCCGGGGGCACCAGUUAGCCAUGUUGCUAGAAAAAUGGCCAUCGUUGAAUGUUAGCAACACGGUAUAGGUCAGAGAUAAUACAGUUGGCUAGCUAGAUGCUAAUCGAUAGCCUCGCUGUCGUCCUUGAUAGCUCGCGCCAGACCAGCCCCGACUGAAAAACGGUUCCAAGGUGCAAACCUCACGUUUGCUAUUAUCCGGGGAUUGCAUAAACUACUUUUAUAGCUCUUUAUUUGUACUCCGUGUCUCUUUGUGAGUCAAUAGGUAUUAACGUUAGGUUUCCCUCCCAGGAUGCAUUUAUUCAUGGCGUUUAGACAAAUGUUUGGUCCACCUGGCUCAGUGACAAACGAACAUUUGAAUGAGCAAAUUACAACAGGUGUUUGACACACACACACACACACACACACGUGAUGAUGCAGCGUCGAAGCCGGGCUGAGGUGUUGCAGCAUGAAUCACAGCGCUUUGACCAUCUGUACGCGGACGGUGUGGUUUCUGCAGGGAAGAAGGACUCAAACUGACAACGACCACACUGUAGCACCAUCCCAACAGGGGGCAGUGGGACAUCAUUAUGUCAUUAUUGUUUGGUUCUUUUCUUUCCUUUCUACUAUGAAUAAAAAAACAAGGAAAUGCUCAAACCAGCACUGGGUUGAAUACAAGAUGGAGAGUUCGUCGGUGUACAUGUGCUUCCCCUGCUACCAGGAGUUCAACACCCUGGAAGAGGUGCUCGAGCAUCAGUUGACGUGCACCGCUGAGGACGAACAGCUGGAAGCCCCUGGAAGCACCCCAGUCACCGUUCCACUGCUACAGACUCGGCAACAGGUCAUAAAUAUACCGAAGACAGCCCCACAGGUUGAGAUCCAAGCGGGGCAAUCCUCGGUGCAGUCUCAGCUUCUGAAGCAGGCGGCACUCAGUGCAAACGUGACGUCGGACCAGCCCAGAAUCCUCUACCAAUGUGGGGACUGUGAUGAACUCUUCAAGAGCCUGGACCUUUGGCAGCAGCAUCGUAAAGAAGAGCUAUGUCAGCAGCCCGCCUCUGGGAGGGAGUCCAUCCCUGAGUCCCAGCCCGAGUCCCAGGCGGAGGCCGAGCCAGAGGACGCUUCCGCGCAGGUCUCCGCUUCCACUGCAAAUCCAGAGGAUUCUUCCCCGUCAAAGGGCGAAGCCAGUGGAAACCUCGAACCCGAACAAGCGGAGGCUACCGUUACGGAGGAGGAGGGCCAGCCGCCGGCCGACGCCUCUCCGGCUCAGAGCUCCGACCCGGCCGUUUCGGAGGCGGCCGCCUCAACAUCAAAUCAAGAGGAUUUGUCUCCCAGGAGGAAAGCGGCGAUCAAAAAGCCCAAACCGAAGCCCGUGCUGCUGUGUGUGGACUGUGGCUCGUGCUUCGGCCUGGUGUCCGAGCUCGUGGCCCACCGCAAGACCCAGCACGGCUUCGAGGAAGCUCUGCACCGCUGCUCCGUGUGCGGCGAGAGCUUCCUGAACACCACGCUCUUUCUCUACCACCGCAAGCAGCACCGGCAGAAAGGCGAGGAGAGGGCGGCGGAGCUGGUCUGCGCUCGCAGCGACGGGGCCGGCGAGCCGGACCGCGACGCCGCUCCAUCAGGCGCCGCCGACGCCUCUGGUUGCUCGCCGCCCGAGUUGUUCAUGUGCACCCGGUGCGGGGAGAGCUUCAGCGAGGAGGGGGGGCUGGGCGCCCAUCGCAAGCAGAAGCACGGCCUGGCGGAGCCGCUGCACAGCUGCGCCUCCUGUGGCGAGGGCUUCAUGAACACCACCCAGUACCUGUACCAUCGCCGGAAGCACCGCUUGUCGUCGGGGGCGGAUGUCGCCGAUACCGGCGACGAAGCCCCCCCCUCUGCCAAACCUCAGGAUAGCCCCCGGAGCUCAAAGCGGCUGCUUUCCCCGUCCUCCUCCGCCGCUGGUGAGCCAGGGUCACCGCUGCCGAAAAGAAGUCGGCCCACUUUCAGGAUCCUGAGCGGUAACAGUGGCGGAAACAAGGGCAUCAAAGACGAAUCAGAGGGCAGCACUGCAGCAGACUGUGACAACACCAACCACCCUCCGCCUGCCAAGCUGCUGCAGGACUGGGCACGCACACCACUCCCCCACGUUUGCCCCUACUGUGGCAAAACCUUCACCCGGCGCGUCUUCCUUCGCACGCACGUCUUCAGCCACACCGGAGAAAAGCUCUUCACGUGCAAGGUUUGUGCAAAGUCCUUCACCAACUCCCAGAGCCUGCUGCGCCACAGCAUGAGCCACACUGGCACCAAACCCUUCAGCUGCGACGUUUGUGGCAAAAACUUCUCCCAGGCGGCCUCCCUGAAGCGACAUCAACGCAUCCACGUGACGCCACAGCCUCGGCGCAGGCGUGGACGCAAGCCGGUGUGUUUGUUGGACAACGAGGGAUCUGCCCAUCUCUUCGCCUGUCCUCACUGCCCGUCACGGUUCAACACGGAAGAUCAGCUCAACCAUCACAAACUGCUCCACACCAGCCAUCCGUUCCCUUGCCAUGAAUGCGGAGAGGCCUUCAAACGCCGGCGAGACCUGGACCUGCACUCGCUCACUCACCAAGACAAGCAGCCGGUGACGUGUCCGCACUGUUCCUCCCAGUUCGUGAACCAGUCUGUGCUGGAGAUCCACAUGCAGCGCUGCCCUUCCACGGAGGAGGACAAGAACACCGGCCGUGGGCGGGGUCAGGGCCGAGGACGAUGCACCGGGCAGGUCGAGUGUGACCUGUGCGGCCACCGUUGCAUGACGCAGGAGGGCCUCGACCUUCAUCGGUUAUCCCACACGGGCCAGACACCCCUCAAAUGCCCAGUGAGGCCUUGCCGCCGCCGAUUUACCUCCAACAGCACCCUGGAGGAGCACGUGCUGGCUCACUUCCAGGGCACGCUGAGCAAGUCCAAAAACCGACCCCGCUUCCGCUGUCAGAUUUGCCUCAAGGAGUUUUCCUAUAAUUCCACCUUUAAUGUUCACAUGAGGACACACACUGACGAGAGGCCGUUUGAGUGCGCCACCUGUGGCAAGCGCUUCCGCCAGCUGCCCCAUCUGCAGGACCACGAGCGCAUCCACAGCGGCCUGCGCCCUUUCUGCUGCUGGAUCUGCGGCAAGAGUUUCAGCGUGGCCGCCCGGCUCACCGAGCACGCCCGCACCCACAGUGGGGAGAAGCCCUACCCCUGCCCCCACUGCCCCGCCGCCUUCCGCUCCCGCUCCAACCUGGACAAGCACAUCCGGCUGCACGGGGACCUGCCGGUGGACAGCGCCGAGCAGGCGGCGCAGGACGCCGAGGCCGCCCACGUCCAGAAGGUGCUGGAGGGGGCCAAGGUGCUGUCGUCUCUGGCCACCACUGGGGAGCUCGACUCGAGCUCCGUGCAGACCAUCUACGUGCUGCAGGGGACCGAAGGGGGCACGGAGACGGUCAUGAUCCCGUCGGAUCAGUUCGCGGCCAUGGACGGCGCCUCGCAGGUCGUCAUUCUGCCCUCGUCUGUGCUCGGCGCUCAGGGCAUCAAUGUCCCCACCAUCACCAUGGAUGGAAAUGAAAUCACCAUGGUGGAGACGGACCAGUCGUCGCAGCACGCCAUCGAGUUCAUUGUGGAGGAGACGGUAUUGGAAAAUUAAAAACUGUUGUGGAAAUGCCAAAAGUAGAGAUUCACUGAGAGACUAGUUCAACUUGAGUUGAGUCAAAAGUUAGAUGAAUAUUGAGUUCUCACCUUUAUUGAUAUAUCUACAUGAAUACUUAUUGAGUUUCUAUGCCAGUUUCAACGUUGUAUAGUAAAUAAUACAGCUAUACAACUUUUCCUGACGUUUAAUAAGCUUGUUCAAUCUGUUUAAAACUAAUGAAUGGUUCAUACACAUGAAAAAGCUCAGCAGAACAGAAAGUACCUUUUAAAAAAACACUUGAUUUGGUUACAUAAAUACUGAUGUUGAUUUACAGCCCCUGUUUAUUGGGCAAGACGAGUGGCGACCCCUGAAAUUUCUUCUGCUUUAAUAAUAAAACGCUUCAGCUUUUA